UGUCGAUUUAAUCAUUUAAGGGGGAAGAGGAGCGGGCUUUGUCGUCUGGAAGUAAUGGAACGGUGGAGAUGGCUAAAGGUGGUGGCUUUGAUCUUCUUACUUUCAGCUUCGGAAGGGAGAGAACUUAGGAUCAAGCAUGAAGAUUACAGUCAUAUCUAUAACCACACUCUAGCCACGAUACUUGUGGAGUAUGCUUCUGCUGUGUAUAUGUCAGAUCUAACUGCCCUAUUUACAUGGACCUGCACAAGGUGUAAUGAUAUGACAAUGGGGUUUGAGAUGAUAGAACUGAUUGUUGAUGUCCAAAACUGUUUACAGGCUUUUGUCGGUGUUGCUCAUGAUCUUAAUGCUAUCAUAAUUGCAUUCAGAGGAACUCAAGAGAACAGCAUUCAGAAUUGGAUUCAAGACCUGUUCUGGAAACAGCUUGAUUUGAACUACCCAGACAUGCCUGAUGCGAUGGUGCACCACGGAUUUUAUUCUGCUUACCAUAACACUACAAUACGUCCUGGGAUUAUAAGUGCCGUCCAAAGGACCAGGGAGCUAUAUGGAGAUAUUCGCAUAAUGGUUACAGGGCAUUCAAUGGGAGGGGCUAUGGCUUCCUUUUGUGCUUUUGAUCUUACUGUCAAUUAUGGCAUACACAAUGUUGAACUUAUGACAUUUGGACAACCUCGCAUUGGGAAUGCGGCUUUCACAUCAUACUUUCACAAAUAUGUGCCGCAUGCAAUUCGGGUUACCAAUGGACAUGACAUGGUGGUACACCUACCUCCGUACUAUUAUUAUUUCCCCCAAAAGACAUACCAUCACUUUGCAAGAGAGGUAUGGCUACACAAUAUUGGAUUAGGAAGUCUGGUAUACAUGGUCGAGGAGAUUUGUGAUGGUUCUGGUGAAGAUCCAAGAUGUAGCAGAUCUGUAAGUGGGAACAGCAUUUCAGAUCAUCUGCAAUAUUUUGGCGUCGAGUUACAGGCUGAAACUUGGGGCACUUGUAGGAUAAUAAUGGAUAACAAUAUUGUACAGGAUAAUAGUUUUAUACAGUUCCAAACAGACCUCGCCGGCAACAUCAAGCUGUCUAAGGACCCAGCUGUUUCAUCAAUUCUAAAGCUAAGUUCAGAAAUAGGUAGUCGUAGCAGUUCUUUUUAGCGUUAUUUGGUGUUUAAUAUAUUAGUGAAUCAGCACAAAAGAAGGGCGAGUUGUUCUCUUGCCUAUGAAGAUCCAACGGGUGGAUCCAAGGAAAGAAGAGUCUGUAUGUGUUGUAUAACUAUAUUAAUUUGUUUAUUGUUAUGAAAGAUAUAUAUCCGCACAUGUGGAUUGAUAAAUUCUGCAAUUAAUGUGGUGAUCAUGAUAUUUUAAUCCAAAUUACAUUUGUUUCUUAUGCAGUUUGA